AUGGGGGGUGGUGAUUUUAUACCGCAAAGAUUGUCCCGUAAUUACUUCUCCGCCGGAUGUAUGUCUCCAUCUUGUGUGCCGGUUCACGAAGAAUAUUCCAGGAUAGAGAUUAAUGUACCGGCCGGCGCCGGCGGCAAUGCUAACAGAAGAAGCAGAAGAAGGUUGAGGAAGCUGAUUAAGAAGAUAAUGAGCGAGAGCAAGAGUAUCUACGGAUCAAAGCCGUUAACGUUUCAGUAUGACGCCGUUAGUUACUCCCAGAAUUUCGAUGAGGGAUGCCACCGUGAUGAAUAUCCACGGUGUCACCAACUGUUUCCAGAUCAUCCUCAUCGAUGGCAUGUACAGCAAUAG